AUGAAGAAGCCUGGAUAUUGUCUGGUUACUUUACUUGUUUUGUUAAGUAUUGUUUUUCUCUAUGUAAUAUUUUCAAAUCCAGAUACUGUCCAGUCGCUGUCUAUUCCUCCUCGAUUUGAACAAAAUAUUUACGCAUUUAUACCUGAGGACCUCGCAAACGGAUCCCUCAUUAGAAGUUUUAAUGUCACCGACUCAGACCAUGACAACAUUAACCUCGGUAUAUUUGAUGAGUCCACCAGAUCAACUGUUUUUCUGAACAAGACCAACCACACACCAGGGUUUGUAACAGGAAAUGUCUACCUCAUCAAUCCUGAAAAUAUCGACUUUGACAGGGGACAAAGUCAACUGAGACUAGCAUUUACAGCAAAUGAUGGACAUAACACGGUACUGUAUGCAUGA